CUCUUUUUAAGAGAGAAGCCAGGACCCGGAGCAGCCACCCCUGAGCAGUGAGGUCUGUGCUGAGCUGCGGACCCAGACCCGGCUGCUGGAGUCAGGCCAACAUGAGUGAGAGACAAGCUGCUGGAGCGACCAACGGAAAAGACAAGACGUCGGGAGAAAACGAUGGGCAGAAGAAAGUUCAGGAAGAAUUUGACAUCGAUAUGGAUGCACCAGAGACAGAGCGUGCAGCCGUGGCUAUCCAGUCUCAGUUCAGAAAAUUCCAGAAGAAAAAGGCUGGCUCUCAGUCCUAGUGGGGGAGCCACUUCCUAGUCCACCCGAAGAUACCGAAUUCAACUAUAAUCCGUCAAGAAAUGAAAAGACCAACACCCUAGAGAAAAGUCAUCCACACAGAGCACACAUGCGCACUGCACAUUUGACAUGCAUGUACAGAGCCCAUAGUAUUUAUGCCCUUGUAGGCAGGUGUACACAAUGAAAUUGUGAGUAGCUCAACCCCUUUAUCUCCAUUACCUCCCUCUGCAACUAUUUUCCUUGAUGUUGUAAUAAAAAGGGCGUUAGAUGAGUGA